AUGUUCGCCCCAGGAAAACUGAUCCGUUUCCGCUCUAAUACACUCUACUCUCCGUGCAGACUUUUCCAUUUCUCUACUCGUCGGCUGAAUGAGAUCCCCAGCGGUCCGAAUUUUGAUACGCACGGCUUUGUGGCUCAAUUGGUGAAGGAAGGAUUCACCGAAAAGGAGGCUCAAUCAGCAGUUAAAAUCGUCACAAAGUCAAUUACUGAUGGAAUACAUCGAUAUGCUUCUAAUUUGGUUACAAAGGAAACCUUAAACAAGCUCUCAUACCAGCAGAAAGUGGAUUUUGCCAAGUUGAAAGGUGAGCUACAGAUGAUCGAUAAGUCAGAAUUCAACCUACUACGAAAUGAACAGGAAAGAAUGCGUAACGACAUAGAAAAGAUGAGUACCAAGUUCAAGGAAGAGAUUAAUAAGAGCUUGUCUUCGGUUCGUUUAGACCUAUCUUUGGAGAAGGGCCGUGUCAGAGAGGAGUCUUCAAUCUACGACUUGAAGAUCAAGGAAACAGACACUCGAAUCAACCAGGAGAUGUAUAAUUUGAAGGUCCAAAUCGAUAGUGUGAAAACAACGGUGAUGCAAUGGCUCUUUGGUGUUUGUACAGGUACAUUUGCUCUGAUCUUAGCAUACGUUAGGCUUGUUAGUUAG